UGGUGACGUAGCUACCUAGGCGAAGCUGGAUGGAAUAGGAGGCGAGAAGUGUUUUCUGUAAAACAUACGGACACGUAUAAAAGCAAAAAUGUUUAAGGGCUGGGGCUCGUGGUUAGGCAUACAGAGCCCCGCAGGUGCAAAUACCGAGGAAAAUGAAGCAUCGGUGGUCGUGGGGGAAGAGAAGACGACCGAGUUGAAAGAAAGUGAAGUAAACAAACCAGAGACGCCUCUGGAUGGAGUGACAGAGCGGGGAGAGGGCGAACCAGCUCCUCUGCUUCUCCAGCAGGCAAAAGGACUGAGUGGUUACAUAUAUAAUUUCGCAAGCAGCGCCACCAAGAAGAUCACUGAGUCGGUGGCAGAGACAGCCCAGACAAUUAAGAAAACUGUGGAGGAUGGAAAGAUCGACGGGAUCAUUGAUAAGACUAUUUUGGGAGAUUUUCAAAAAGAGCAGGAAAAAUUUGUCCAGGAAAAACAUGCAAAAAAGACAGAUGCUGCAGUGCCACCUUGGGUUGGCUACAGUGAGGAGGAAACCAUACAGCAACAGAUACUGGCAUUAUCAGCUGACAGGAGGAACUUCCUCCGGGACCCCCCGGCCGGGGUGCAGUUCCACUUUGACUUUGAGCAGAUGUACCCCGUCGCCUUGGUGAUGCUGCAGGAGGACGAGCUUCUCAACAGGAUGCGCUUUGACCUGGUCCCCAAACACGUUAAGGAGGACGUGUUCUGGAGGAAUUACUUCUACCGCGUCUCCCUGAUCAAGCAGUCUGCCCAGCUCACUGCUCUGGCAGCGCAGCAACAGGCCGCCGAGAAGAAGGACGAGGAGAAGACUGCCUCCAGCCCCGACGACGUGCACCUCUCAGAAGACAUCAGACCGAAAACCCCUCCCAUGAGUAUCAACAACAAACCAAAGGUGACUGAGGAGGAAGAGGAGAUCUCCACCAGUCCCGGCGUGUCUGAGUUUGUGAGCGACGCCUUCGAUGCAUGUAACAUCAACCAGGAGGACUUGCGCAAGGAGAUGGAGCAGCUGGUGCUGGACAAGAAGGAUGAGACGUCAGCCCAAGAGGAGGAGACAGCUGACUGGGAGAAGGAGUUGCAGCAGGAGCUGCAGGAGUACGAAGUCGUGGCUGAGUCCGAGAACAGAGAUGACAACUGGGACAAGGAGAUCGAGGAGAUGCUACAGGCGGAUUGAGCUUGGAUCUGCUGCGUAAGGACCGGACGGCCAUACCCCUCCCUGCCCCCCGACCUUGAAGGAAACCCGAGAAGGACCAGGAAAACACCCUCAGUCACGGGACUCUUGCGAUUGGGAUGAAGUUUCUCAAACUCAGUUACACAGAGAUCGCCUCUCUCAGCACUUUCCAGAAUUUCCCAGGUCAGAUAAUCAAUGUUGGCAGUUGAGUCAUAUGCAUCAUCACAAAAGCGUGGAAGUAAAUUCAAGCAGGAGUGAAACUUGAAAGUAUGUCAUCCUGAAAGCUUUUUGAAAUACGAUUUUAAUACCAUAAUGAAGUCUGAAGAUGACGUGCCAAACUGCAAACCGGCAAUAUCACAAAUAAGGACUUACAAUAGGUUGCAUGGAGAUGGACAUUUAUUUUUGGGCACUGACACAAAAGUCAGUGCCUUAUAACCCAGUGUGAAUAAAAUAAUUGAUCAUGAAUACUGAUUGAAUCAUCUUCACAUUUGCAUACCACGUAUUUGUUGGUACUUUAGAAGAAGAGAUGUUGUUUAAAGGCAUUUUUUUUAUCAGGGGACCUUUCUCUUAUUAGGAAGUUAGCCUCCGAUUCCCUCAUCAUCUUAAAUUAAAAUGGCAAAAAUCUGCUUUCAAACCAGAAAAAGGCCAUUGUGAGUCCACAAUCCAUUUUUAAAAAUUAAAUAAAUAGUGUUUGUAUGGAAACUUUUAGAUGAGACAAGUCCUAUUCCUCCCAUCCAAUUUACAGUUUGACGUAGUCCAAAAACAUUAUGAUAAACAUUAUACCUAUUUAUGAGGUCAGCCAGUGUAGACCUCCUUAUCCUCCCAAGGACCAGAAAUCAUAUUGGUACAGUCAGAAAAUGUCUGUAACUGGGCUGUAUGUUAGGAGUAAUAGUGACAGUAUAUUGUCUGAUCUUAGUAAGUUGUUAGGUCUAACUGAACUAUCCAUCUUUAUUCCUAUUUCAAGUUGGUGGAAAUCAUUUUUGGUUAUUUGUGGAAGCAUAAUUUGUAUGUGUACGGUGGGUCGUUUUCGACAAAGCUUGUUUUCUUCAUCAGAAUUCGAUAAAGAUUGUCUGGGUAUCUUUACCACGUAAUGUAUUCCCCUCAAAAAAUCUCAAUCCCUGAAUAUUUUUCAAACUGAUAACACAGUGGAAAAUGUAAUAUCUUGUUCUUAUUUUUGUGC